AAGUCUAUUCUCACCUUCCUUUCCAAAGUACCUUUAAUUGAAGUCUGUGGGUUGAGCAUAAAACUAGAAAAAGAUUACGUUGGGUCUCACGUGGAUUUGUUGGUUUUAACUCUGUCUAAGCUUCGUACACGGCUCGUGUUUCUUCGUCUCACUCCUCCUGGUAUGCUUUCUCUGACUCUCCUGCAUACAAUCUAUACCUUAAGUGAGUUUGGUUGGUGAAAAACAUCUCUAGAGUUUGCAGAAACUUGGAAUUCAUAUUCUGAAGUCGGAAUGAGUUCACUUGCCUUUAGUUCAGUUUCUUUGGAUGGUCGAUGCAUUUGGAAGAAUGAAGUGAAGAGAUCAGAGCUUAGCUGGGGAUAUGGACGGAAAAUGUCUGUUGGAGCUUCGAAAACUAAUUCUCAGUAUUCGGUCAACAUUGGUGUUCUUGGAGCUAGCGGGUAUACUGGUUCCGAGAUUGUAAGACUCUUGGCGGAUCAUCCUCAUUUUCGCAUUACUGUUAUGACAGCGGAUAGAAAAGCUGGCCAAUCAAUGAGCUCUGUAUUUCCACAUUUGAUCAAGCAAGACUUGCCAGAUAUGGUUGCUGUCAAGGAUGCAGAUUUUUCUAAUGUCGAUGCUGUAUUUUGCUGUUUGCCGCAUGGAACAACGCAGGAAAUCAUUAAAGGCCUCCCCAAGAAUUUGAAGAUUGUCGAUCUUUCUGCAGACUUUAGGUUGAGGAAUAUUGACGAAUAUCAAGAAUGGUAUGGACAGCCUCACAGUGCUCCAGAUCUGCAGAAAGAAGCUGUUUAUGGUUUAACAGAGGUUUACAGGAAGGAAAUUCAGAAUGCACGUUUAGUAGCUAAUCCCGGUUGUUAUCCCACUUCAAUUCAACUUCCUCUUAUUCCAUUAAUGAAGGCUAAUCUUAUAGAGCUGAGAAACAUUAUUAUUGAUGCGAAAUCUGGUGUAAGUGGAGCAGGACGUGGAGCCAAGGAAGCAAACUUAUACACUGAAAUAGCUGAAGGCUUUUACUCGUAUGGAGUCACAAGGCAUCGCCAUGUUCCAGAAAUUGAGCAAGGUCUCUCUGAAGCUUCAAAGUCGAAAGUAACAGUGAGCUUUACUCCAAGCCUGUCGCCUAUGAAACGGGGCAUGCAGUCAAACAUAUAUGUGGAAAUGGCUCCAGGAGUAACUGUUGAUGAUCUGAGACAAAAGUUAAGCAUCUCGUAUAAGGGUGAAGAAUUUGUUGGUCUUUUAGAGAAAGGAAUAGCUCCUAAAACUCAACAUGUUCAAGCAUCUAACUACUGCUUUAUGAAUGUGUUUGAAGACCGAAUUUCAGGCAGAGCAAUUAUAAUAUCCGUUAUUGACAAUUUAAUGAAGGGUGCUUCCGGUCAAGCGUUACAAAAUCUCAAUCUGAUGAUGGGAUUUCCCGAGAACACAGGGAUCCCUCGCGCACCUGUUUUCCCUUAGCAACUAUUGGAAAUCAUCCAAUGUAGCAUGUGAGAAAUUAUCAUGUGUUGUACUCUCUGAUACUUAAGAUACCAAGUUCCUAGUAAAAGAAGCUAGGGAACUGUUUAUUAUUCUACACCUAUAAAGAGCUUACUUAUGAAUUGUGGAGGAUCUCGUCUUGUAUUAUGCAAACAUCAGUUACACUCUGAGGUUGGUACUUUUGUUUAUUUGUUAUGUGUUUUUCUAUUUUUGC